AAUAACCCAAAUCAGUUAUUAUUAUUUUUUGUUUCAGUCUAUAGGAAAGUUAUAGAGUCCACAAACUAUGGUAUAUAUCUGAAAAUCGAUCAAUCCUGAUGUAAUGAAGGCCACAUUUCUUGAGACCUUAAAAUGUCAGGACAAGGGGCGGACUGACAAUUUGGAAACUCUGGCAUUGCCCGAGGGCCCGGGAUGCCCCUGGUACCAUUUUCAUAGGCUUUUUUGAGUUUGAACAAGGACAUAGGGGCCCCAUGAUCCCCUAUUACCCGGGGG